GCGAAAUAGGUGUUUGACACAGUCUCCCGGGUCGCCACUUUCAAGUUAGUUCACUGUAAGAAAAAUUCCAGUUUUUUUGACCAAUUACACCAAGUAGGCCUCCGUAAAAUCGUAUUUAAGUACUGGAUUCCGUUAAAGGAUCCAACUCAUAUUUCAAAGUGUUUAAUGCAAAUAUUUAGUCCACUUUAUUUGGUGAGAAAUUUAUUUUUUUUAUAAUCAUUUAUAAAGAGGAGUGUGUAUAUCUGUGGAAGCGAGACAAGAAGGCCACAGCGCCCGAUACGUGACGUCACAGCUGUGGUCCGGCGUGACUAAUCAACGCAAUCAGUCAGAUAGUCGCCUCCAGACCACACUUGCUGCGUAACGCCCAGCGCAGUGACCUCCUCGUCUCGGUAAUAACAAAAGACACCCAUCAAGGCUUACUUGACCGACUGUACCACGCCGUCUAAAGUGUAAAAAUGAGCGGGCCGUUCAAGAGAAGACCGUCCCUAAAGAGCUUACCCCCCAUCAGCCUGCCGCCGGGGGCCAUCCGCAAGGGGUCAAUCCGGCGACAGUCCUCGGUGGGCCUGGGGCUUAAGUCCACGACCACAGCCGCCCCCCAGGAGGUGCCAUGGGACAUGCUGGACAGGAUGUUGCUGCCGGUGGUGUUCUGUCACGCUGCCGCGGUCAUCCUCAGUAACGCUCUGAACGUGCUUCAUAUAUCGGAGGUGACCACGUUCACGCUGUUCAUAUGGUUCACGAUAGUGACGAUAGGGGCGGUGCUGUUCUACCAUAACCUCAAGGUCACCGCGGCAGGAAAAGCAGUCCUGGUAACCGGAUGCGACUCGCCCAUCGGUAGCGCCCUCGCGCGACAACUGGACGACCAAGGAUUCACCGUGUUUGCAGGAUUCCAGAACGCCUCCGACAGCUCAGCCGCCGAGGAACUGAAGGAGUUCUGCUCGGGCAGGUUGCACGUCCUGCAGCUAGAUGUCUCCUCAGAGACGCAGAUCCUGGCGGCGUCGUUGUACGCCGUCGAGCACCUGCCAGAUGGCGCCCCAGGACUGUGGGCAGUCGUACACGCUCAAUCCUGGGUGGCUUUGGGAGAGAUCGAGUGGAUACCGCCACAGGUGAUCAAGAAGGCUGCCGACAUAAACUUCAUUGGCCCCACCAGGGUGACCCAGAUCAUGCUGCCCUUAGUCCGCCGCGCUAGAGGUCGCAUAGUAGUGGUGUCUUCGGGUCUAUGCAGGGUUGCUUCCCCCGUAAGGGGCAUCCAUUGCGGGCUGUUGGCAGCACUGGAAUCGCAAGCGGAGUGUUUGAGGAAGGAACUGAGGUCUAGAGGUGUGGACGUUGUCGUCGUGGCCCCCGGAGAACUAACAACCGGCUCGUCCUGGCUGUCCGACCAGACCAUCCUCGAUCAGGCCAGAGAAAUGUGGAAGCAGCUGUGCCAGGAGCAGAGGACCGAGUACGGGGAGGAUUACUUCGAGAAGGCUAUUAGGAGCCUGGAGAAAUACACCAAAACUCAGGAAUGUGACUUGUCUCCGGUGCUGAAAGCCCUAAACGAUGCUGUGAUUCGAACCUUCCCCCUGAAGAAGUACACCCCUGUCUCGAGGAAAGAAAAAAUCCAAGCCUUCAUCGCAGAUCAUUUACCUCGCUCUGUAUAUGACAUCAUUUACUCCUAAGUCCACGAAGAUUAAGCAAAAUUAGAGAGAAAGGAGAAUAUCCCAUACCAUCAACUGAAAAUUAUCAAAAGAGAUAACACACAAUUUGAUACAUGUAUUAUUAUUUAUACAAAUAACCAAAUUGCGUAAAAUUUUCAAAGUUUUUUAAGUCCAUGUCCAUAAAAUACACUUUCAAUAAGAUCAAAAACUGUUCCUUAUAUAACAAACAGCUUGAUUUAUUUUUUAUGAAAUUCUUCUUUCUCUGAAUUUUGUUGACAAAGGAGGACCAAAAACCCAAAAAUUUAAUUCGUAGUAUCUUUAGGCAAGGAAAGAAAUGCAAAUUAGUUUGAUUUCAUAUUUUUUUUGUGAAAUAUAUUUUAAAUACAUAAGCAUUAACUACGCCGUAUAUUUUUUGGAAACUUUUUU